AUGACUGAUUCUUAUUUUCCAAAUAAUUACACCGAAUAUCAAGACGAAACUUAUUUAACUUCAAAUAAUCAAUUAAUACCAGAAAUUAGUUCAAAUAUAAUUCAUUGGAUUGAACAUCAAAUACAUACACUUGAACAAUACACUGAUCAAUCUGAUGCGUCUGUAUAUACUGGAAGUGCAGGUAUUGCAUUACUUUAUUUACGUCUUGGAAAACUUUUUCCAACUGAAAAGAAUAAUUAUACAUCUAAAGCAAAAAUCUUAAUUGAUUCAUGUUUAGAACAACUUCAUAGUAAACGAAUUUCAUUUUUGGCUGGUGAUCCAGGACCAUUGGCAAUUGCAGCAGUAAUUUAUAAUGAUUUAGAUAAUCAAAACAUAGUAAAUAAAUGUAUUGAAAAAAUUAUAUCAAUAAAAAAUGAUGCAGUAAAUGAUUCAAAAUCAGAUGAAUAUAUUUAUGGACGUGCUGGUUAUCUUUAUACAUUGAUGUUUCUUCGAAAAGAAAUUGGAAGCCAUAUAAUUGAUAAACAAUUAGUUAUUGAUGUAUUCGAAACAAUUAUUAAAUCUGGUGAAAAAUAUGCGAAAGAAUCAGGUUCUAAAUCUCCAUUAAUGUAUCAAUGGCAUGAUAAAGAAUAUAUGGGAGCAGCACAUGGUGUUUCAGGAAUUAUAUAUCUUUUAUUAAAGGUAACACAACAUGAAUUAUUUUCAGAACUUCGAUUAUAUGUUAAUUCACAUUUAAUACCAACUGUUGAAUUUCUUAAAACAAAACGAUUACCAAGUGGAAAUUAUUUAUCAUCAAGUAAUAGUCAAUCAGAUAAACUUGUUCAAUGGUGUCAUGGAGCACCUGGUUUUGUAUAUUUAUUUGUUCGAGCUUAUGAAGUGACAGGAACUCAUUCAUAUUUGGAUCUUGCUAUAUCUGCUGGAGAUGUUGUUUGGAAACGAGGACUUUUAAGAAAAGGUUAUGGACUUUGCCAUGGUACAGCUGGUAAUGGUUAUGUUUUUCUUGAUCUAUAUCGUGCAACUAAUGAUAUCAAAUGGCUUCAUCGAGCUAUUAAAUUUUCUGCACAUUGUUUGGAUUAUGGUCAACAUGAAUUAUCAAGAACACCUGAUCAUCCAUAUUCAUUAUUUCAAGGUCUUGCUGGUACAAUCUAUUUUAUGACUGAUAUUCUUAAUCCAAUGAAUGCUCGAUUUCCAGCAUUCGAAUAA